AUGGAGGAUGACACGUCUUCCGGCACGUACCAAAGCGACCUCGUCUCCGAUCAAUCAUCAGUUUAUAUACUGGCCGAUGAACAGCUAUCCCGGUCAUCAUCUUGCACCAGAUCUGGCCCGUGCCUCAGCCACUUGCCGGGCUCUCGUCGAUCAUGGAUCCAGCGACCUGCUGUGGGCUGGCCUCGUCAACGCAAGACUUCCCUCCCCAUUGAGGAUCCAGGCGUUUUCCAAUCCUUCCGUCGUCUGUAUCUUGCGUACCAUCCCUGCUGGUUUAUACCGCAGCACAAGAUCUGGUUUGCGGACAGUGAGAAUACUGGAUCCUUAAUCCUGGCUCGCUAUGAUAACCGCCGGGGCGUGAUUGAAGCAUACCGGAUCGUUGCAGAGCGUGGCACUCCCUCAUUUGAUGUUUGGAGGUCAAAUCCAGACGUCAUCAUUCAAUCUUUCGACCCAAACGUCCGUUUGUGGCUGGAUGAUCCUGUUCUCUUCCUCAAAGACCCAGAACCAUUCUCUUCGACGGCGCGGAUCCAAGCCUUAAGUUCUUUGCCCAAGGAACGUCGGAUGCCCAUGGCUUUGGAGGCCCAACAUGUCUACAGUGCAAUCUCAUUCUGCUCUGCUACGGAACCACAGUCCGAUGACUUCUGGCCACCCUCAAUCAUUCCCAGCAACUCACGAGUAAGUCGUGACCUCAGAGACCACCCUGGGGAGCCUGGUCCUCCCCAAGUCCCAAACUAUCUCUCGGAGCUAUCAGAGCAUGCUUUCCGCCUGAGGAAAUGGGCGAACUACCUGCACGUGUUCUCGUCCGACCCAAGAGAGGCCACUGUCACAUAUUCAACUCUUGACCCGAGCCUUUACACCCCCACCAAAGCGAAGCCCUACCAGGGAAUAUGGGUUGGCGACUACUCAGCUCACGGGUGCGAGUUCCUUCUGUUUCGUCAAACAGACCUAAGCAACGAAAGCGAGGGUCUGAAUGAGAUCAUGGACACGGACCUCCCAAACGCGGAUAUUGUGCAGCAAGGUCGCCUAGAAGCCAUCAAGCUCACAGGUGAUCCCAAUGUUCCCCGAGGCCAGUACUCAUUUAUCGCCGAAGAUAUUGGCCCCAAUGGCCUGAUUCGGGUCGCAACAGACGAGCCUUUUGUAGGCUCCCGCAUUGUUCAUUGCGGGGGACAUGUAGCGGGACUAGGGUUCCGUGAUGAUUGCUACAUCAAGUCACAACUAAUUCUCAUUUCCCCCGACUUCAUAGCUCACUAUUGGGAGGAAAUGGGCCACAUCUCCUACUUCCGACGUGUGGAUAUUGACAAUCUACUGAAGACUUGA